AUGUCUUCUACCCACAUUUCUACGCCGACGGACGCAUUGACUGCGAAGAACACCGGCACCCAGGCCACCGAGGCUCCUUUCGAUGUGAAAGACCGGAGAGAAUACGAGCAUGCACGCCAGCGCGCUCUCAAACCCUCCGAUCGUGUGAUCAAGCGUAUCUUCAAGCUUCCCAAACGCCCAGAGGGCAACAUUGGGCGCGGAGCGAAGAAACACCUAAUCAACACUGGGCAUAACGCGAUCAGAUACGCCCCUAAUCCCCGCUGGGACGCAUGGAUCAAGAAGGUGGACCUCGUGCUGUAUGAUGAUGACGUCGUGGAUGAUGUGCGCGGUCAGUUGCAGUUCGAACGCGCUGAGGACCGCGCGGUGGCACCUCGCGAUCCCGUAUUGCGCACGAUUACGAGAUUAUACCUCAACUGCGACCUGUCAUGGUCAUGGAGGAAACAAUAG